AGACUAAAAGCUAACGCUGUCGAGAGAGUCCAUUAACCCAUUCUCGACGAUUAGAAGAAUUCUUUCUGCCACCGUUAAAUCGUAUAACGAAUGGAUUUAAAACGCAGCAUCUCUUGGAUCCUUUGUCUAUUCAUCGUGGUCGCUGUAUUCUUGGAUACAGGCCUGGCUGAAGACAAAUUGCAAAUUGGGAUUAAAAAGAGAAUCCCCGACUGUAAAAUCCGAUCUAAAAAAGGAGAUACUCUGCAUAUGCACUACACGGGAACUCUGAAAAAAGAUGGUACAGAAUUUGACAGCAGCAUUGGGCGUGGAGAUCCAUUUGUAUUCAAGUUAGGUGCAGGGCAAGUUAUAAAAGGUUGGGACCAAGGAUUAUUGAGAAUGUGUGAAGGAGAAAAGAGGAGACUUAUCAUCCCACCAAAUUUAGGAUACGGUGAUUCUGGUGCACCUCCUAAAAUUCCAGGUGGAGCUACUCUGGUAUUUGAAGUUGAAUUGAUCAAGAUAGAUAGGAAAGAAGAGCUUUAAUUAUCUGAUAUUAGCUCUUUAAGCAAAUUACACUUCAAUUUUAAAUAGGAAAUUGUAAUUCCUCCAUAAUAUGAUUCCAUGUGUCCAUGGUGAUGGAUAGGAUUUGGAGUACAGUGCAAACUAAUUAAUCCAUUACGCCCUGUAUGAUUCAAAUAGAGACAUUGCAUCGAUCUCUAAAUAUUACAAUUGAUUGUAGAAAUGUGUGAAAUUGUGUAAGCGAUGAUAUUCGUAUAUUAAAACCGUUAAAACCGCCUUAUUUGCUGAGAUGAUAUACAAUUGACUAAAAAUCUCAUAGAAUAAAUUUCUC